AUGACUACUACUACAUUCAGUUCAUCAUUAUUUACUAAUUAUUCAAAUGUUACAUCUAAUAAUAGUACAACAACAUCAACAAUGCCUGUUUGGAUUCGAAUAGUAACUUUAACCUGUAUGAUAUUAAUUGAUAUAAGUGCAUUUCUUGGUAAUUUACUUGUAAUAUGUGCUUUUUUUCGUACACGUCGUUUACAAACAGUGACUAAUUAUUUUAUAGCAUCAUUGGCAUUUGCUGAUGCUUUAGUUGCUAUAUUUGUUCUUCCUCUAAGUAUUUAUUGUUAUCAACGUGAUCGUUCAUGGAAACUUGGUUUAAUUUUAUGUGAUUUAUGGGUAUCAUCUGAUGUUCUUUUAUGUACAUCAAGUAUAUUGAAUUUAGCUUGUAUAUCAGUUGAUCGAUAUAUGGCUAUAACAAAACCAUUAACAUAUACAGCAUAUCGAUCGAAAUUUCUUGCUCGUGUUAUGAUUUUAUUAGUAUGGAUUGUUUCUGCUGUUAUAACAUGUCCACCUAUAUUUGGUUGGCGAGAUAAAAAUCGACGAGAAACAGUUGAAGUACAACAUCAUUGUGAUUUAAAUAAUGCACGAGGUUAUGUUGUUUAUUCAGCACUCGGUUCGUUUUAUAUUCCAGGUGUAGUUAUGAUAUUUGUUUAUAUACGUAUAUUUAUGGUUGUUUAUGAUCGUGAAAAUUUAAUUAAAAAAUUUCAUAAUAAUCUACCUUCGAAUAAUAAUAAUAAUAAUAUUCAAUCAUCAAAUCUAAAUCUAAAAUCAAAUCAAAAUGGUACAAUAAAUCAUACGAAUAUAUCAAAUAAUAAGAAAAAAUUUCAAAAAUUAUCUGCAUGUUGUUGUUUUUGUUUUCGAAAAAACAAAUAUCAAGAUAAUCAAUCAUUAACUACCUAUCCUUAUAAUAAUGGUCCAGCUAUUGAACAAAAACAAAAUGGAUAUCUUAUUUAUCGUUUUACAAAUAAUAAUAAUAAGCAUAAUAAUACAAAUUCUCCUGUAAAUAGUCCAUCAAUAACAUCGAAAUCAUCAUUAUUUGGUCGUACAUGUGAAAAUUCAACAAAACAAUUGAAUAAUUUAUCGGAUGAAAUGUAUCAAUAUCGUCGAAAUUAUUUAUCACAUGUUAAUGCUGAAUAUCAAGUACGAAAUGAUGAUUCACCAUGUUAUGAAUUACAAACAUUUGAAGAUACUAUAUCACCAUUAAUGAAAUGUCGAUCACGUUCAUUUGAGCAUUCAGCAGCAUGUAAAAUACGUGAUUUAAAUACUGAAUUAAGUCAUAGUCGACAAUUAAAAGCAGCAGCUGUAGCAGCCGCUGCUGCAGGUUCAGCAACAUCAGCGAAUCCGAACAAUAUAUUUCCAAAUAAAUAUGAUUUUGACGAACAUUUAAUAUUAACAAGUGAUACUAGUGGUACUAAUAAUAUAUUUCCAUUAAUAAAUGAAGACUCACGUCAAACAACUCAGUCAUUAAAUGAAUUAACUCAAUUAUCAAUAAUACCAAAUACACCAAAAUAUCAUCAUCAUCAUUUAAAAGUUUUACCAAUGCGUGAAAGAGCAAUAACAAAUCCUCCUAAAAUAAUUGAAAAUUUUUCUACGAGUUUAUCGGAUCCAUAUUCAUUGAGACAAAAACAACAUAUACCUGAACCAACACGUAUUAAUCGUCGUGUCAAAUCUUCUCGGUCAAUAAAUACGUCACCAUCAGCAAUCUUAUUAGAAAAUAUUAAACAACAACAUAAAAUAACACGUAAUCCAUCAUUACGAUCCGUACAAUCAGCAAGAUCUUUAGCAUCAUUACGUUUUCUUACAAAUGCAAGUGAUAAUACAAAUGAAACUAUUCGUCAAAAAAAAUGUAUAUGGUGUUGUUGUAGUUGUAAUUCAUCAUCAGUUAAUAAUUUAUCUCAAAAUAUGACGAGACAAAUAUUUGUUUAUACACCAAAUCAUUCAGUGACUAAUGAUGAUGAUGAUGAUGAAAAAUUAUCAUCAACCGACACAGCUAAUCGUACACCUAUCUAUACACCUGCUCUAUCAUCAAAUAUACCACGUGCAAGUUCAGCUAGUAAUGGUGCACCAGCUGAUGUUCAUCGUCGCGAACGUAUUCGUUUUAUGAAAGAACAAAAAACAGCUAAAACAUUAGCGGUUGUUGUUGGUGGUUUUAUACUUCUUUGGUUACCAUUCUUUAUCAUGUAUAUUAUACCAGAAGACAAAAAAAAAUCAUUAGAUAAUCAAACAGCUACAUUAAUAACAUGGCUUGGUUAUUUUAAUUCAGUUAUUAAUCCAUUUAUAUAUGCUUAUUGUUCAAAACAAUUUCGGAUGGCUUUUUGGAAUAUUACAUUUGGUUUAUGUAUUAAAAAGUCAUCUGCUUUAUUACCAAUUGCAAAUAAAAAUAAACAAAUACAUCAACGUCGAAUAAAUGCAUAA